UUCAUGUUGUGUGACCUGAACUAGGUAGGUAGGUACUGUAGGUACUGUAGGUAACUAGAGGAGGAGCUAUUAACGUACAUGUCUAGUCUCAACUUUAUGAAGGCCAUCUUCAUCACGUCUCCGUCACAUUGGAUUUUCUUCCUCUUCUAUUCUUUUCUAACCCUACUCAUAUCUCAUUACUGUUACUUAACAUCUACCUAUCCUGACCCUAUCAAAUCUAGUCAUUUUCUAUCCAAACUUACUCAAGUGCCUCAAUUGAAUUCUAUCAACUUCCUUCCAUCCUAUGUGUCAAUAGUUCAUCCCUAAGCUACCAUCAUGCCAUCUAAUCGAUCCUUCGUCAAUGCUGUGUACUACCCCAGCUGGAGGGUUUACAAGGGUCUCCCUCCCUCAACUAUGCAGCUAGACUAUAUCAACCGCAUAUACUAUGCUUUCGUUCGCCUCAAUUCAGACGGUUCUCUCCGGUUCCUCGAUGAAUUCGCUGAUUGCAACAAGGAGGUAGACGGAGAGAAAGGAUGUCUUGGCGCCAUAGCUAAGUUGAAGCGUCAGAGGCCCGGCCUCCAAACGCUCGUGUCCGUCGGCGGCGGUAGCGGGAGUGCCGAGUUCCCUGAUGUAGCUGCUGAUCCUAAGCGCCGCGCUACCUUUGCGGACUCGUGUAGGCAGUUUGUCGAUCAGUAUGAAUUUGAUGGUGUCGACCUCGACUGGGAACAUCCAACCACAGCAGAAGAAGGCGAAAAUUAUCUUGCCCUUCUCAACGACCUACGCGAUGUGCUACCUUCGUCGCAGUACCUUCUCGCCACAGCUCUGCCCACAGGGGAAUAUUGCCUGAAACAUAUUAACGUUAAGGCCGCAGCGCAACUCCUCGAUACCCUCAAUCUUAUGGCCUACGACUUCAAUGGCCCCUGGACCGACGUGUCAGGUCAUCAUGCCCAGCUGUUACCUCCCCCCGGCCGCAAAGAUGAGGUGGACCCCGCGUUACGGAAUUCGUGUCACAUCGGCGUCGACCGCCUAUUAUCACGGGGUUUCCCUGCAUCUAAGAUCGUACUAGGUGUGCCGGUUUACGCGCGCUCAUUCGCAGGCGCCCGUGACGUCGGGCAAUCCUUCACGUCAGCCACAGAGCUUGACUACAACGAUCUACCACGCCAUUGGAUCCGUUCUGCUUCCGUGAACCCAAAUGUCGCUGCUGCAAGCUACAUCGACGAUGGACGUGAAGGGAAGGGAUUUGUCAGCUUCGACGUACCAGAGACGGUCAGACGCAAGGCUGAGUAUGCUCGUGGGAUGGGGUUAGGAGGGUUGUUCUUCUGGACGGGUGUUGGCGACGUUAAUGGCCCUGAAAGCCUAGUCCGAGCCGGGUAUGAAGGAUUGAAAAAUCUUUAAUUGUCCUUGGCUAUUGUUAUAAUAUUAAAGGAGUAUUCAUACCACGGCCGCUCAUGAUAGAAUUUAAAGGUUCUAUAAUUUAGGCCUUGUGGAAGGGAGAACAUAGGGCAAAUUUUACCUAAUUAAUUAUCGAC